CCAUCGUCACCAGGGGGAGGGGCACUUCUGGUCACAAGGUCGGUGGCAUCGUUUAUCCUCUUGGUUUGAGAAAAAAAGGAAAAUCUCUCCCGACCUUUUUGUCGCCUUUGGAGAGGGGGAGGGUGGGGGGAGAGAGGCGAAGCGAAUCCCGGAUCGCCGACGGCCGAACCGGGGUUUCAGAGAUCGCCGUCGCUUGAUCUCAACGCGGAGGGAAGUCGGCGAGAAGAGGACCAUCUCGGAUUUACUCGAUCCGACUUCCGGCACUUGGAUCUCUCCGGGCCAGUUCAGAUCAUGGCGGCUCUCGCUUGUUUCGCUAGUUGCUCGAGGGUUUUCUCUUCCUGAAGCUGAAUUCGGCCGUUGAGCUCCAUAGAGUUCAGUAGCUGGUUGGUUCUAGAUUUCCACAGUAGUGCGAUGGAGGCUGGCAAUGGAGUUGAACUGAAGCUCGAGAAUGGGGCUUUGGCAAAAGCUCCAGAGGCCGACGAAUUCAGUUCAAAUGUAAACGAAAAGAAUGAAGUUAUUGAAAAUGGUGCUGAUGCUGUGCAAGCUAGUGGUUUCCUGGUGGAAGAUCCGUCUAAAGAAGAUGGUCUUAAGUCAUCCAGAGGAGGGAAUGAAGGCUCCGAGGCUAUUGGGGCAAACAAAACCUCGAAUCUUUCAAAGAAAACUGGAUCUGAUGGAGGCAAUCGAUUGAAGAGUAUGAAAACACAGAAGGAUCGAGGUGGUCAGAAUGGUGCCCCUGUAGAAUCACGAAACAAAAAACCUAGCCUUUCGCAGAGCCUUUCAUUCCCUGCCAAAGGUACUCUUGCCGGCAGUCUGAGGAAGAGUACCACUUCUGUGAAGCAGGGGAAAGCAGAUGUAAAAGGUGAGGUUCCUGCCAAGCAGUCUGACUUCACUGCUGCAUGCAAUACUCAGCAAUCAUUGAAAGUAAAGUCUGGCUCGGUGGACGCAACCAUCAACGGUACUUCUUCCGAAGCUGCGAAGUCACAUGAUGGAAAUACAAGGCCCUCGAGACACUCCUUACCAGCAAAAAAUGAUGAUGAUGCCCACUCCACUGCCUCAAGUACCACCACUCCCCGUGCAACAGCCCAACGAAAGAGCACUAGUUCUGGUUUUAACUUCAGGUUGGACGAGCGUGCCGAGAAACGCAAGGAGUUUUUCUUGAAGUUAGAGGAGAAGAUCCAGCAGAAGGAAUUGGAAAAGACUAAUUUGCAGGCAAAAACUAAGGAAAGCCAGGAGGCUGAGAUCAGACAGCUGAGGAAGAGCUUGACUUUUAAAGCCACACCAAUGCCAAGCUUUUAUCAAGAACCUGGCCCUCCAAAAGUUGAAUUAAAGAAGAUCCCACCAACACGUGCUAAGUCGCCAAAGCUUGGACGGCACAAGCCAUCUGUUGCUGCAACAGACAAUCCUUCUGAAGGUUCAAGUCAGAGCUCACACCCCGCUUCUGACACAAGCAAGCCAAAGGAAGGUGCAGCAAACAAUAAAGGAGCUUCCACAGCUUUGAAGAAACCGACUCAGAAAUCACUUUCGAAGCUGCCGUCUCAGAAAUCAACAGCUGUGAAGCCUGAAACCAAACCCCUUGGCACAAAGCCCAAAGUCUCAAACCAAAAGCCCAAAGUUGAGAAACCAAAGGUAGAAGAGAAUGAUGGCAAAUCAACAGAAGUCCCUCCUCCAGAAGCAGACAUAGCAGUUGAGUCAGUCUUUCUGGAGAACAUGGGUGAAGAAGCUAAAGCUAUUCCAGAGGAUACAACUGAAGAAGUGAAAACCAUUCUGGAGAACACAACAGAGGAAGCUCCAGCUAUCCUUAACUUUUCCAAUCCUGGAAUCUCUCCCAAUGAAGUUUCAGUUCAAGGUUGAUGAAUUGUGCCUCCUGUCCUAUAUAUUUGUUUGUGCACAUUUGUGAAUAGUGAGGUGUGUGCUUCUUGGAAAGUCUGAUGCUGUUUUCAAGUUUAUGCAUUUAAUUGUUUCCUGAGUAGAUAUUGUUUUGACGGACAUAAUUCGGUGUAAUGUAUAUUAUUUGAUUAUUUUUGUGUUCGAGUCAUGUGUAUUAGCCUCCGA